UAUGCCCACUGCAGGAGAAGAUUCCCCUCAAAUGCAUGAUGAACCCAAAUGGAAAGGUGCUGGACAUUCACGGUAUCCAGGCCCUUGGAGAAGAUGUGAACAUCGAAGAAACGCCUUCGCAUCCCGAAAAACUAUUCGACAUAGUCCGCGACCUCAACAAUCAAAAGGGGCGGGGUGCCGAGAUCUUUGCGAAGCGCAGGAAAAGGUCUGAGAAAUGGGUUGUGGAGAAAAAUGAAUCACAGGCUGCUACGCUUAAUCAAUCUGCACCUGGAACUCCCUGGAAAGGUCCCGGUAGCAACUUUCCCAGAAUUGAUCAGGAGGCAGAUGUUAAGGAGAAUUCUGUGUUGCCGCCAUUAGUCGAACCGCUACCGAUUCUGACCCCACCGAGUUAUGUCCCAAAGUCUUCUACCAAUAACACCUGCAGACCGUUUUACAACCCGUUCACCCUCGAUCUUACGCUAUCACCUGCUGGCCCGUCCACGGAUGGUGUGAAAAAGGAGGGUGGAUACCAGGGGCCAAAGUUGACUAGUUAUCAGAAGUUGUCGAAUUAUAACACUGCGCCACGUGGUUGGGAUCAAGCGCACACCUAUUACAGGCCCAUCACGUUCGGUAGGCCUCAAGAGUCGAUCGUAUAUUCGGACUUUUGAAGACGGCAGUGUGAUAAUUUCAUUCAUAUUUCUCGUUCCUUCCGCCAUCCCACGCUGUUUCAGAUGAAUAUUUAAUUCAAACAAUGCAUAAUCGGGUGAAUCAUUAACAUAUCUUAUAGUUCCCCUGAUAAUUUUCGUUGGAAUAUUACAGAUCACACGAUUUUCAGGGUCUUGUAAAAUUUUUUUAACGACGAGAAUAGCUUGACAGCCAUGCUCUAUGCUUUCCUUUACGCUUUUCGCGACAGGUAUUCCACCACAGCUGAUUAAUAAUUUCAUGGUGUUUAUAUACGUAUAUUAUCGUCAUACCGUCGCUUUUAUAUUUGUUAUUAUCUAAACUGUAAAAUAUAUAAUGUAACGAAAAUUUUAUCAUA